AUGACCAAGUAUAUCGUUGUCUCUGGAGGUGUCAUUUCUGGUAUUGGCAAGGGUGUGAUUGCCUCUAGCACCGGUGCAUUGCUCAAGAGCUUGGGUUUGCGAGUCACUGCUAUCAAGAUCGAUCCCUAUCUCAACAUCGACGCUGGUCUCAUGAGUCCUUUGGAUCACGGUGAAGUCUUUGUCUUGAACGAUGGUGGUGAAGUCGAUUUGGAUCUUGGCAACUAUGAGCGUUUCUUGGAUGUCCAAUUGAGCCGUAUCAACAAUAUCACUACUGGCAAGAUCUAUAGCGAAGUGAUUGAAAAGGAGCGUCGUGGUGAUUAUCUCGGCAAGACCGUUCAAGUGGUUCCUCAUAUCACGGAUGCUAUUCAAAACUGGGUGGAGCGUGUGGCUGCUAUGCCCAUUGAUGAUUCGGGUGAACAGCCUGAUGUCUGCAUUGUUGAACUUGGUGGUACCGUGGGUGAUAUUGAAUCUGCUCCCUUCGUUGAAGCCAUGCGUCAAUUCCAAUUCCGUGUCGGCCAUGACAACUUUUGCUUGAUUCAUGUCUCUUUGGUCCCUGUCGUUGGCUCUGUCGGUGAACAAAAGACCAAGCCUACUCAAAUGAGUGUUCGUGAUCUUCGUGGCGCUGGUUUGACUCCUGAUCUCAUCGCAUGCCGUUCAAGCAAGCCUUUGGAUGAAAAUGUUCAACGCAAGAUCUCCAUGUUUUGCCAUGUUGCUCCCGAACAAGUGCUCGCUGUUCAUGAUGUCGCUUCCGUUUAUCACGUUCCUUUGUUGAUGCAUGAAAAGGGUGCUCUUGAAUUCUUCCGCAAGCGUCUCAACCUUGAUGCUCUUACCAUCUCCAAGGAACAACGUCUUGCUGGUGAAGCUUUGUGGAAGGAUUGGUCCAAGUUGGCUGUUAGCCAUGAUCGUCUCUUGGAUACCGUCACCAUCGCACUUGUUGGCAAGUAUACCGAUUUGCACGAUUCUUACAUUUCGGUGUACAAGGCUCUUGAACACGCAAGUCUUGCAUGCAACCGCAAGCUCACGAUUAAAUGGAUUGAGGCCACUGAUCUCGAGGAUGGCGUUCUCAAGAGCAACCCUAUCAAGUUCCAUGAAUCCUGGCAAGCAUUGUGCUCUGCAGAUGGUGUACUCGUACCUGGUGGUUUCGGCAAUCGUGGUAUUGAAGGCAUGAUCCUUGCAGCCAAAUGGGCACGUGAGAACAAGAUUCCUUACCUUGGUAUCUGUUUGGGUAUGCAAAUUGCUGUCAUUGAGUUUGCUCGCCACGUAUGCGGAAUGCCCGAAGCCAACUCUGCUGAAUUGGAUCCUGACACCAAGACUCCCGUCAUUGUUUACAUGCCCGAGAUCUCAAAGACGCACAUGGGUGGUUCGAUGAGACUUGGAAUCAGACCUACGCUCUUCCAACCUGGCACUGAGUCUUCUCUUGUCCGAAAAUUGUAUGACAACAAGGUCGAAAUUGAUGAACGCUAUCGCCAUCGUUAUGAGGUCAACCUUGAUCAUGUUGCUCUCUUUGAGGAGAAGGGUUUGAAGUUUGUGGGUCGUGAUGACACUGGUGAACGUAUGGAGAUUGCUGAACUCGAUGAUCAUCCCUUCUUUAUCGGCUGCCAGUACCAUCCCGAAUAUCUUACUCGUCCUCUUAGAGCACACCCAGUCUUCAAAGGAUUGUUGCUUGCUGCAUCACGCCAAUUGGAUCAAAUCUAA